AUGUCAGGACCCGUGCCGAGCCGGGCCCGCGUGUACACCGACGUCAACACACACCGGCCCCGGGAGUAUUGGGACUACGAGUCGCACGUGGUCGAGUGGGGAAAUCAAGAUGACUUCCAGUUGGUACGAAAGCUGGGACGGGGGAAGUACAGUGAGGUCUUUGAAGCGAUCAACAUCACCAACAAUGAGAAGGUUGUAGUGAAAAUACUCAAGCCUGUCAAGAAGAAGAAAAUCAAGCGUGAAAUUAAGAUCCUGGAGAACCUCCGCGGAGGCCCCAACAUAAUUUCCCUGGUGGACAUAGUCAAAGACCCUGUGUCUCGGACACCCGCCUUGGUCUUUGAACAUGUCAACAACACCGACUUCAAGCAACUGUAUCAGACCCUGACCGACUAUGACAUACGCUUCUACAUGUUUGAGAUUCUGAAGGCCCUGGACUACUGCCACAGCAUGGGGAUCAUGCACAGGGACGUGAAACCCCACAACGUGAUGAUUGAUCACGAACACCGCAAGCUUCGCCUCAUUGACUGGGGUCUGGCUGAGUUCUACCACCCGGGACAGGAGUACAAUGUCCGGGUGGCUUCUCGCUACUUCAAAGGACCCGAGCUUCUGGUUGACUAUCAGAUGUAUGACUACAGUCUGGAUAUGUGGAGUCUCGGCUGCAUGUUGGCCAGCAUGAUCUUCAGGAAGGAGCCCUUCUUCCACGGCCAUGACAACUACGACCAGCUGGUGAGAAUAGCCAAGGUGUUGGGAACGGAAGACCUGUACGACUACAUCGACAAGUACAACAUCGAGCUGGAACCUCGCUUCAACGACAUUCUGGGAAGACACUCCCGUAAACGGUGGGAGCGCUUCGUCCACAGCGAGAACCAGCAUCUGGUCAGUCCCGAGGGCCUGGACUUCCUGGACAAGCUGCUGCGCUACGACCACCAGGCACGGCUGACUGCCCGCGAGGCCAUGGACCACCCCUACUUCUAUACCGUUGUGAAGGACCAGGGUCGCAUGCCUGGGUCGGCCAACCUACCCAGCGGAAACACAGCCGUGAGCACCGCCAACAUGAUCACUGGCAUUUCUGCCUUGCCAGCGGCCACUGCCCUGGGCACCCUCACUGGCUCGCCCGUCCUCUCUGCCGCCACCAGCGCCCUGAGCUCUGCCACACCCGCCGCCGCCGCCAUCGCCCCCCAGUAAGGCCGGACGGACACCGACCGCCGCACCCAUUUACUCAGUCCGACUGCCCCGGGAACCGGGACCGUCGACCUCCGAUGGCGGCCUCUCCCCCCGACUGUGUCACGUUUGUCCUUGAAUGACGUUGAGUUUAGCCCGACCAACAUAUGAAAUGAAUGUUCUGUGUAGCUGACAUACAGGUGUUCCUUCCGUCUCGACGAAACCAUGGUGACAAUUACUGAUUUUUGCGUCUUUGUUCAACUUCCCCCGGUCCCCACCACCUUUCUGUUAGCGCACCACUGGCACUGUUCAAGGAAUGUAGUUAGCAGUGUGAGGCUACAGAAAAAAAGGGAAUGCUAAUGUUCAUACCCAAAAGGAGCAAAUUCUGUUCAGUUUACUGUUGCAGCGUUGUCACGCGAGACCUGGUGCGAACCACUCGAGCAAAUCCCGUGUAACCCCGCCAUUACAAGAGACUCUUCCCCACGGCCUGUUGGAAGUGUCCGGUGCUGUUCUGUUGUCGUGUGUUGAAGCACUGACUCCGCCUCACUCAUAAUACGAAUGACUCUUCAGCAUUGAGUAGUACGUCUUGCCUUUCUACCAAACUGGAUACUGAGUCUUCUUAAUGUAAGGGUUCUUUGACACUUUUAUUUAUUUUUUUUGUACUAAAAUCCUGUGCAGCGCUGAAAGGGUUUUAUUGACUGCAAUGGUUUGAUGGUGGGAAUUGUCAGUCGAACUCUCGGAGAGCCGAGCCGUCUGUCUAGGUAUUAUUAAAAGAAACUUUCUCCCUCAAGCUUGCCGCUUUUUAGUUCCUUGAAUUGAUUAAGGUCAUAAAAAAAACCAAAGUUUACUCAAUCGCUUGUGAAGAGGAGGCUGACCAAAUGUUAUUUUCUUGUAGGGAGUUACAUGGAGAAAAUAUGGGUGGGGUUAAAUUAUCAUAGUUUAGUAUGAAAGCACCAGUCUUGGUUGUUGGCUUGAAUGUUUUUUUUUUAUUCUGUGCUGUUAGAACCUGAGAAGUGGACAGUUUUUUGUUUUCAUAGUUACAUUUCUUGAUUGAUAACCGGUUUGGAUAAUAUAUUUAGACACAGAAGGAUGUAUUGAAGUUGAAGGGUUGAAUUUUCCCUGCGUUUUAGUACAAUGGGAACCUUGUGAGUAUAACUGUACAUAACCAUCCUUAUUUCAUUUGAAAUCUCUCAACAUACAAAUACAUGCAUACAAAUCGACAUAAUGAAGCUGUACGAGUCCUUACAUCACUGUACUGUAUAUAUUUUUAUGUCCUUAAAUAGAAAACUAGUAUUUGAAAAUGUGUAAAUAAAACACGUGUUUAUUUAUCAAGUAAA